UGACAGUCCAAUCAGAGGGCAGGUGGCUCUUUUAACUUGAGCUACACCCAUGAGCUCAGUUUUUCAAGAUGGACGACAGCACAAGAAUCUGCUACAGCCCAGCACCCAGCCUGAAAUCCACUCACAGACCUUCCCCUGCCAUUCCUCAUCUCCUCUUCAGUAAUGGUUUGCCCAUACUUCAGAUGACAUUUCAAGGACCUAAUCUCAACCUCUGGUCAAGAGUUCUGUCCAAACAGAAGAUAUGCCAUGGAUGGGCUGACCGAGUCUACAUUGCUCAUCAGAUAAGUCGUGGCCUUGUGUGUCUGAACAGUGCUCUCAACCCUCUGGUUUACCUCCAAGUGAAUGAAGAAAUUCCUGCGCAGCUCAGACAGCUGCUCCACCGAGCUCGUCAGAUGCUCGACUGUUUGUUUCUGUCAAACUCUGGCUCUGUGACUGUGGAACAAAAUGCAGAUGAAGUUUAUGUGCCCAUGUAAAAGAAGUUAAAUAACAGUGUUUAAUAAUAGAAGGCUUAAAAAACCCCUGCUCUUUUGAGUUUAGAUUGUCUAACAUCUGUAUUUACAGUAUAUUAUAAAUAUUGUAUACUUCAUCAAAAAUUAAUUUGUCAUUUUUGAAUUUCAUUGUAUUUGUAGUUUGUUGAAUUUGAUCUUGUAAAUGCUGUUACCAUGCAGAACAUAUAAAAAUAAACAGAUAAACCACAGGUCUUGAUGUGUGUGGGGAGAUAAAAUUUACCUUAUGUGGUUAGGGGAUGGGGAAGCCCAGUGUCAUGCAAGAAGUAUAUAGUUUUCUAUAAACACACUUAAAGCAGGAUGUCUUUUAUUUAUAGUUAUGAUUCAGUAUUAGUCUGAAUUAUACCUCAUGACUUUCUCAAUUCACAGACAACCACGUCACCUGGAUUUUGAGUGAUCCUAGAACAGUAUAAGCACAUGGAGCACAGCAGUUCUUCCAGACCUAGACAGAGAUAACCAUGAUAAAUGUCAUGGAAAUUUCUUUUGAUUGUAUAUGUUGACCUGUUGGGUUGUUAUAUUGCUGUUAA